AGUCUUACAAAUGUUUGCGUGAACUCUCUGACAACCUUAGCUAGUGAGUUCGAACCAGCUGUUAAAGAUUGUUUUUUUUUUUGCUUGCUAUUGUUGCUGCUAUUGUAUAUUUUCUGUGACUCUUUGUCUUCUAGAGUUUGGUUUUAAGGCCAACAAAAUGUCCGGUAUGUCACUGCGACUCAGGAGGAAUUAGCAGGCUGGCGUGAGCGCGCAGAGCUAAACCCAAUCGGUGUCGGGAGCGAGUCCGGAUUGUUCACCAUCUCGGGCCCAAGCAAUGCGCACCUCGCGCGUCUUCCCAAGAUCAUUUUUAACAUUGUCAUCCUUUUACACGGGGCAGCCAGCUGAACCUCCACGAGCACUAAGGGAUGAAACGAAAAAGGCCGCAUGUCUGUCGUCACAGCGAUGAGUGAGUCGUCGUCCGUUCACUCUGCAAAGCUCGUCUCGUUGGCCCGCUCGCUCUCCGGACUUGGGCUCGACGCUACCAACGGAGCCCCCCCGGCUGUCGGCCUGCCUGACGACGACCAGCCUCCUCUUCAGGAGUCCGGCAUCGAUCUCGGCCCAGGGCUCUUUUUUGCCGACGGCAAGAGGAAGGUGGAUUAUGUGCUGUGCUACAAAUUUAAAAAAAGGCGGAUAUCCAGGGGACGCCUCUCCAUCGCGUCCAACGGCAGCAUUCCCAUCCCCAUACCAGGCUUGUGGGAAAUGGACCCGGACUCUGGAGAGCCGGGAGGAGGAGCUACUUCGGGAGAUGCAGAGGAGUCAAAGUUGUCUGAGGAGGAGAAGGCGCUCAUGAGGGAGGAGUUUGAAACGGGGCUGCUCGAUGCCGGACUGCAGAUCGAACGCGAUAAAGAGAGGGCAAAUGGCAUCAGUUUUAUCCGGCUGCACAUCCCGUGGGCAAUACUCAGUCGAGAGGCCGAACUUCAGAAGAUCAAAGUUGCUGUCAAGAAGAAAUGUGAGCUGCGAAAAAGAGCGGGCAUUGCGGGAAUGUGGGACUCCUUGGCGGCGAAAAUGAACACGCCGUUCCAGCCGGACGUCCCCGACUUCGACGUCCAGCGGGACCCGCAGACGCAGGCCCAUUUCAAGACGCUCAAACACCCUUUCAUCAGAGACAAGCUUCACCUGUAUGACAUCACGUCGACAGAAACUGUCUUUGACAAUACGACACGCAGCAGAAUAGUUGCAGAGAUUAUUUCACGCACAACCUGCAGACACUCCUGCCAAACCACCGGCAUCAUGUCUUUAUUGGCUCGGGGGGUCUACAUCUCUGCCUUCCCUUUGCAUGACGGCCCGUUUUCCAGGAGAGGAGGUAAAGAUCAGCGAAAUGACAGACAGGUUCUCCAUGAAGAAUGGGCGAACUAUGGAGUCAUGCACAAGUACCAGCCUGUGGACCUGAUCAGGAAGUACUUUGGGGAACAGAUUGGCUUGUACUUCGCCUGGCUGGGUGUCUACACUCAGCUCCUCAUCCCUCCGUCAGUACUGGGCAUCAUUGUCUUCCUCUAUGGCAUCUUCACUGUGGACACCAAUGUGCCAAGUCAGGAGACGUGCGACGACAACCUGAACAUCACCAUGUGUCCGCUGUGUGACGGAGUUUGCGACUACUGGCGGCUGAGUACAGUGUGCUCGCUGGCUAAAGCGUCCUACCUGUUUGACAACGGAACCACGGUUCUCUUCGCCAUCUUCAUGUCUCUAUGGGCUGCUUGCUUCCUGGAGCACUGGAAACGGAGACAGAUGUGUCUGAAACACACCUGGGACCUGACUAGCUUGGAGGAUGAGGAGGAGCGAGUCCAGGAGGAGCUGAGGCCUGAGUAUGAAGAAGCAUUGCAGGAGAAGAAAGCGAAAAUGAAAGCAAAGUGGAAAAAGAAGUUGACUCGAAGUGGGGAUGGAGUGGAUGGAGAGAGGGACCAGAUGCUUUCCUACCAGCUCGAGCCAGAGUCCCUGGACAUCGAGGAUCACCUGCCCGGUUACCUCAUCAACAUGUCCACACUACUGCUCCUGGUUUUUGUGACUUUCUCGGCUGUGUUCGGGGUGGCCGUGUAUCGCAUCUGCAUGUUAAGCGUGUGGUCCAUGAACCCCGACCCCGAGGCCAAAGCCAGUGUGAGGAUGACGGUCACCACCACGGGCAUCAUCCUCAACAUGUUGGUGGUGCUGGUGUUGGAGGAAGUCUACGGAGCCAUUGCAGUGUGGCUGACUGAGCUGGAGCUCCCAAAGACACAAGAAGAGUUUGAGGAAAGGUUGAUCUUCAAGUCUUUCUUUCUCAAAUCCAUGAACGCCUUUGCACCUAUUUUUUACGUGGCCUUCUUCAAGGGCAGGUUUUCCGGUCGGCCUGGAGACUAUGUUUACGUCUUUAGCGACUACCGCAUGGAGGAGUGCGCGCCUCCAGGCUGCCUCAUUGAGCUGUGCAUCCAGCUCAGCAUGAUCAUGCUCGGAAAACAGCUCAUUCAAAACAAUGUGUUUGAGGUUCUCAUUCCUAAGUUAAGGAAGAUGUACAGAACCAUACAGGAGCAAAAAGGCAAGGACAGAGGCGGUGAGGAGGAGAUGGACGAAGCCGAAGAGAAGAGAUCCAAGCAGCAGUUCCACAAAGACUUUGCCCUGGAGCCCUUUGAGGGCGUGAGCCCGGAAUACAUGGAGAUGAUCAUCCAGUACGGCUUUGUAUCUCUGUUUGUGGCUUCCUUCCCACUGGCGCCUGCGUUUGCUCUGCUCAACAACGUCAUCGAGAUCCGCCUUGACGCCGCCAAGUUUGUGACCGAGAUUCGGCGGCCGGAUGCUGUUAGGUGUAAAGACAUAGGAAUAUGGUACAACAUUCUCUGUGGAAUCAGCAAGUUUUCUGUCAUUACCAAUGCGUUCGUUAUCUCCUUCACGUCGGAGUUUGUGCCUCGCAUGGUGUACCAGUACAUUUACAGCGGCAACGGCACCAUGAGCGGCUACACGGAGCACUCCUUGUCCUACUUCAACGUCACCAACUUCCCGCCGGGCACCGCGCCCAACACAACAGUAUCCAUGUGCAGGUAUAAGGACUACAGGGAUCCACCGUGGGCCCCGGAUGCUUACACCUUCUCGAAACAAUAUUGGUCUGUUCUGGCUGCAAAACUGCUCUUUGUCAUAUUCUUCCAGAACCUCGCCAUGUUCCUCAGCAUGCUGGUGGCCUGGUUGAUCCCCGAUGUGCCGCGGUCACUUCGGGAGCAGCUGAAGAAGGAGAACAUGAUGCUGAUGGAGUUUCUGCUUAAUCAGGACCAGGAGGCCCACGCCAAGGCGCUCUCCAGCAAUCGCUCCGUCUUGCCCUUCCCCGCCACCAUAGACAUUGUGGUGGAGGCGCCAUCGGAGGAGUGCCAGGUUGAGAAGGAGGUGGGAGAGGUCGAGGAGGAGGAGGAAGAGAAGGUGUUGGAGGUGGAAGUUGACGUAGCGCAAGAGGAGCCCAGUCGGACUAGCGACAGUGACUCAGAUGCGGGGAAGUCAUUUGAGGAUAUAGUUGGAACGGGAGAUGAAGAGCGAGGACGUGAAGGAGAACGUGAGGGACAAGAGGAAGCAGAAAAGUCAAAGGCUGCGGAGGAGGAAAUAAAAGUAAGCACUGUAGUUUAUCAAGUCAAAGAAGAUGAAAAGAAGAGCAAACCUCCAGGGGAGGAAAAUGAAAAAGCGGCAGCAAAUGAGGAAGACAAUUCGCUUGUGGAUCUGGACGCCCUCAUCAUCCAGCUGGGCCUCACAGAUGAAGACGCCUCAUCAAUCAAAGACACCGAGAUUCCACAGUCAAGCGUCCAACAAGAAAUUCCAUCCAAAAGAGCUUCCUGCCAGUCACUGAGCAGCUCCGUGGCAGAAAUAGCACCCUCUCACAGGGACGCAAGGCUCUUCGCGCCUAUCGCUCCUCCGCCCCGAGAGCCGGGCGCUGGCGGCAAGGCCCGCUGCUCCACCCUGCCUUCACGCCACCGAGAGGCGGAGACAUAUUACAGCCUGCCGCGACCCAGCCACUCCAGCAGCCUCUCCAGGUUUCGUCAGCAGGCAUCUCUCAUGCCGCUGGUCCCCCUCGAACCUUCGCUUCCGGCCAAGCCCAAGCCCGAGUCCCCGCAGCAGCGCCCCAGCUCCAGCGAACUCUUCUCUCUCAAAGGCCCCCCGCCUCAGCAGCCUCGCCCCAGGGGCAAAGCCCGGUGCUCUACCCUGCCCUCCAGACAAAAAGCCCCUGGCUCCGAGGAGCACCCCACCAAGACGAGCCAUUCGACCAGCUUCACAAAAGUGGGAGACGGAGUGCCCCCUUCCCCCAGUGAACUUAAACGCAACACGGCAGUAUGAGAGGAGGUUGGAGGUAUCAAAAAGAGAUGUGGGGAGUGAUGAGGGGGACAAUCUAGAUUAUUAUCUUGCCUGUGCCUGGAGCCUCACCCACCCCCUUAUUCCUAAAUAACACCCCACUUGGCCCGAUUAUCCUUUCCUACUGUCACAUAUGUUUAUACAACAGAAAGACAAUUCAAAGACAGCGACCGUGAUGCUCCAAAACGCUCCUUGCCGCUCAACACGGGAACUUAAAAACCUUUUCUUCAUUUUUUUUCUUGUUGGUUUUUACCCCACAGACGCAGCUGAAAUAGCCCACCCUCCUCAGUUAUGCCCAAUUGUGUCUCGUCACCGAUGUGCGUGGGAUCUUUAGAAUCCACAGUUACGCUCUUAGAAAAUAAAAUGUUCAUUUUUAGAGGUUUGUUUUGAUAUACAAAAUAAGACAUAAUAAAAGAAAAACAUCUUUUUA